AUGUUAGAGGAGAUCAGAGGGUAUCUCAUGGACAGAUGGGCUAGAAAUAGAGCAAAAAUUGAAGACUAUAAUGACUCUAUACUUCCAUGGAUUAAAAAAAUAAUUGCAAGAAGGCAGGAAUUCUCAAGAUACUUCAUAGCCAGGUUAUUAGGUGACUUGAUAUACGAAGUCAGGCAUACAAGUUUGAGUGGAGAUAAAUUCAUAGUGGAUCUCAAGAAAUCUGAGUGCUCAUGCAGGAGCUGGAUGCUGACUGGAAUUCCCUGCUACCAUGCCAUUGCUUGCAUCCAAAGUAGAUAUGAAGACCCUUUUGAGUAUAUUCCUUCCUACUAUAGGAAGGAGAAUUACGAAAAGUGCUAUGAGUCAUUGAUAUAUCCAACAAAUGGAGAAAAUCUAUGGGAAUUGAUACCAUAUCCUAAUGUUCUUCCACCCCCAACCAGAAGAGCACCUGGAAGGCCAAAGAAAAUAAGGAACAAAGAUGCUGAUGAAAAAAGGAAGGACAUAACAAAUGUAUCCAGAAAAGGGUUGUCAAACAAAUGCUCAAUUUGUGGCAUUUCUGGCCAUAACAAGUCAUCCUGUCCUUCUGCACCAAGACAAUCAACAAAAACUCAGACCCAAACAAGUCAUGCCCAAACAAGUCAAGCCCAAAUAAGUCAAGCCCAGACACCUACCACUGCAGUCCCAACUGUUCAAUCUCAGACAACCCAGAGGGUUCAGACCAGGCAGUCUCAGGAUUCCAACAAUCAAACUCAACCAUCUCAGAGGGUUCAGACUAGGCAAUCUUAA